AUGACCAACGAUAGAUACACUGAGGAUUGGCUUGAGAGGGAAUUCGUGGGAUAUGGCUUUGAUCAGCCUGAUCCUAAAUGGCCUGGUGGAGGCAAGAUCUGCGUCAGCUUCGUUGUCCAGUACUACAUGGGAGCUGAGCUGAACAUCCUGGAAGGAGAUCCUACCUUCUGCUCGGAAUAUGUAGAGAUCCCAGCUAGAGCACCCCCUACUGCCAUGCGGAGUGAAGCCAACGAAAUGAUGUAUGAAUAUGGAGCUAGAGAAGGUGUCCCCAGACUUCUCGACAUAUUCAACAAAUAUAAAGUACCAGUCACAUGGAAUAUCUUCACUCGAGCGCUUGAAAAAGCUCCUUACUGGGUAAGGCCAAUCCUCGACUCUGGUGCGGAGCUUUCAUGCGGUGGACAUCGAUACAGAGAUAAUUUCUACGUUCAUCCAGAAGAGGAGGACAAACUCAUAGGCAAGAGCAUAGAUGUCUUGCAGGAAUUGACGGGAGACAAAACAAUUCCUAAAGGAUGGCUUGUCGAACGUCGAUCGAACCUGUCGACCAAGCUAUACUCUUUGACCCACAAAGAGAGAGGAUUACCCCUUUUAUACUCUUCCGACUCAUGUGCCGAUGAUGUCCCUUUUUGGAUACCCAGUCCUACUAAAGAGGAGAACCAAGGUCUUCUCAUGAUUCCAUUCUCAUAUGAUUGUUCGGAUCUGAGGUUCAAAAUGAAAGGUAGUGGUUUUGCUAGUCCCAAGGAUUACUUCCUGCAUCUGAAAGAUACGUUUGAUUGCUUGUACGAGGAGGGGGAAGCAGGAGAAGCCAAGAUGAUGACUGUGCUUCUGCACCCUCACAUCAUCGGUAGACCCAAUCGUGCUUUUUGGCUUGAAGAAUUCAUAAAAUACGUUCAAUCCAAACCAGAUGCUUGGGUGGCACGCAGACAGGAUAUCGCCGAACACUGGACAAAAACUUUCCCGUAUGAUUCUAAGACCGCAUUCGGGCAAACAAAAGUACCAGAGUGCGGUCAGAUCUCCAUUCCUAUGUGA